GGUUUAUUAGAGACUGAAGGGUAUGAACGAACAGCAGCAAAGAAUGGCUGCAGUGGGAACUGACAAGGAACUCAGCGACCUCCUGGAUUUCAGUGCGAUGUUUGCGCCUCCAGUAGCCAAUGGGAAGAACAGGACAAUGACACUCGCCAGCAGUCAGUUUGGUGGAUCAGCACUAGAUGAGCGCAGCGGCUCUGGGUCUUGGGGCUCGGCAGAACAGAACAGCUCUUCUUUCAGCCAAGGACGGGGCUAUCCGGAGGGAUCCCACUACAGUGAGCAUGAAGGCUUGUCUUCUCCGUUCAUCAGCUCAGGGGUCGCAGGUAAAAAUGAGAGGCCUCCAUACCCUCCCUUUGGAAGCCAGCCUGGUUUUCUUCCUAGCGACAUAGCAAUGCCCAGCCCAGAUGCCAUGUCCCCCUCUGGCCUGAAAUCUGGCUCCCAGUUUUACCCGUCAUACCCCAACAACCCCAGGAGAAGGCCGCCUGAUGGAGGCAUAGACACCCAGCCAAAGAAGAUUCGGAAACCCCCUGGCCUGCCAUCCUCGGUGUAUGCUUCUACAUCUGGUGAUGAGUAUACCAGAGACAAUGGAGGAUAUCCUGGUGCUAAGCCGGGAGCUGUCUUCCCUGGAUCUUUCUAUAUGCAAGAAGACCCCUGGUCGUCUUCUGGCUACUCUGCCAUGCUGGGUAACUCUCCCCACAUUGGACAGCCAGGCUCCUUCUCUGCAAUUAACCCACAGGACAGGAUGACGCGCCAACCCCUGCCUCUGUCCCCACAGAACUAUCCUCUGCACGGCAGCGAAGUCAACGGCUUCCACUCAGCCCCUACCACCUACAACCACACACCCACCAUCAACGGAGAAGGCAUCAUGGCCAACCGAGGCACCACAGCUGGCAGUUCAGGAGAUGAAAUUGGGAAGGCUCUUGCCUCAAUUUACCCGUCGGACCACAACAGUAAUAACUUCCCUUCAGCUCCGUCUACUCCUGGAUCUCCUCAGGCUAUUGCAGGAACUCCGUCUCAGUGGCAAAGACCAACCACACCCAGCUAUGAAAACCAACCACACACACUGCAGAGUAAAUUGGAGGACCGUUUGGAGGAGGCCAUCCAUGUACUGCGUAGCCAUGCUGUGGGCCAGGGCCCAGGCUUAGAGGGCGCCCACUCCGACAUGCACAGCCUGCUGUCCGCAGUACACAACGGGGGCCUCGGGGCCCUCUCUCCAGCUUUCCCAAAUGCUAGCCUUGCCCUCAGUAACAGACAUCCUGCCAUGCAGGGAGGAAAACAUGAAGAGCCCACAGGCCUUCCUCCCAGCAGCACUCUUCUGCACGGUCAUCACGCAUCCGGACCCACACCGUCAGCUGGCCAACCGGAAGGCUUUACCAGCCUCCCUGGUGGUAUGGCGCGCUCCACACACUCAUCCAGCAGCUCAGACAUCAAAAGAGAAGAUCGAGAGGACGAUGAAAACUCAUCUGUCGCAGACAAGUCUGAGGAUGAAAAGAAGGACUCCAAGGUAGCGCGCAGUCGAACAAGAAAGGAGGCGUUGACCCUCCAGAUGCUCUCUAGCCUUUCAGACCAGAGAGAUGAUGAUCAAGAGGAAGAUGACGAGGACCUUCCUCCUGAGGUGAAGAUAGAGCGUGAGAAGGAACGGCGAGUGGCUAACAAUGCCCGCGAACGUCUCAGAGUACGGGACAUCAAUGAGGCAUUUAAGGAGCUUGGGAGGAUGUGCCAGCUGCACCUCAGCCAUGACAAACCUCAGACCAAACUUCUCAUCCUGCACCAAGCCGUCAAUGUCAUCCUCAAUUUAGAACAACAAGUGAGAGAGCGUAACCUUAACCCCAAGGCAGCAUGUUUAAAACGCCGUGAGGAGGAGAAGGUUUCUGGGGUGGUGGGUGAAGCCCCCAUGCAGCUCUCAGGCGGCCAUCCUAGUAUGGGAGGAGAUGGCCACAACCCAGUUGGCCACAUGUAACACCGGAUCUGGUGGUGUUUCCUUGGCUGUCAGAGGAUGUGGCCUUAAAAGAUUUCUUCCACCCAUUAUUCUCAGUGUGUGUGUGUAUAUGUGGACAUGUCUGUGUAUUGUCCGUUCAAGUUUCAAGAUGCACAUUCACACACUCGUACACACAUGCAUACUGCCAAAACUGACACAGCCUGUUUGUCGCACUCCCAACCAUGACUACAAGCUCAAAUGUGAAGAACUUUUUUUAGUUUUGCUUUGUUUUAUACAUGUAAGAUUUUUUUUUUUCUCUCUUCUUGGUUUCCACAAGAUGAUGGAACACCGGAGUACUUUUUGUCCUGCCACAAAUUGGGACUUAACACACUGCCGAGAGGUGCUCUUGUGAAAGAAAGGAGACCUAAACAAACACAAAUUGAAUCAAGGAUUUGUGCCUAAUUGUUACAUGUUUUCUAUUUGACAUUUAAGCAAAUUGCUUUACAUGUGAGGAACAUUUAUUGUGAGGGAUUGCUUAUGUGUAUGAGCAAUUAUUUUUAAUAUAUGUCAUUCCCAGCGUGAUGGUACAGUCUUACAUAUGUUAUGUAACCAAGCCCAUAGUUGAAGUUGAAUUAUCUAAAUUCAGUGACCUUUCCUUGAUCUUAUCAGCAAAUGUUUGGGGAAGGCGAAGGAACGGUCACAAGGCAGAGGUCAAAGUUUUGACAGUCCAAAAGCAGCUUAUAAAAAGACGGGCACUCUGACCUAGAGGCAGUCUCUGACUGAAGCCCGGUCUCAUCCCACAAGACACCUAUGAGACUUGGAAUACAAGACUCCUUCCUUGAAGGUUAUGAAUUAUCCAAGUGGUAGAGUCUGUCAACUACAAAACUGUUCUUCCUAUUUGUUGACCACGAAUUCUACAGUUACUCCAGAAACCCCUUGUCAUAGGUUCAUUUUUUUGUACUGCUUUAUGUACUAAAGCAUACAUGGACAAGACAAAGCACAGUGUAUGUAUAGGUUAAGGCUGGAAGUUAAGUGUCAACCUGUUGUGCAAUUCAGUCUUGUAUAAAAGCCAUUUGAGACACUUGCUAAGUGAUCAGCACCACUUAGUGCUCUUACUUACUUGAAAUGGUAUACUGACAAUGCCAGCAGACUCAACAGCUCAAAUCCCCCCCCCCCCCCUUAAUUGAUGACCUGUAAAAGACAAAAAAGAUAUCUGGGUUCCUUUUGAUGGAGGGAUCUCAUCAAUCCACAGUUGUUUGAAGCAGACAAACCUUUGGGUAACGGAGGCUUUCUUUUCCUAAACGAGCAUUCCCACUGAAUUGCAGCCCCUCACCUUCCUCCUGAGUAAGUUUAUCACAAUUCUUACUGAGAGAAGUGUGAUGUGUAAAUUCACUUCAUACAUUACUCUGUUUCAUUUUUCAAAAAUUAAAUAUAUAUAAAUAUAUAUAUUUUUUGUUAGUCUAUACAUUGUAGAUUUUUUACAUAAAUGGCAAUAUUAGUUUGAAGUUUAGAGUGUAUUGUAGAUGAGCUGUAUAAGGGGAUAUUUGACAUUUAAAUGAAAUUUUUCAAAAAUUAAUUCAAAUUUGAACCGGGAUGGCAGAGGACAAGGGUCAACAGCGUUUGGUGUAUCCUUUAUUCCAGUUUUAGUUGUAAGGCUUAUCAUCAGCUACCCAGAUGAACUUUUUUCUUUCCAUUUGGGGGUUUGUGGACAGCGUUUGUGCCACAGUCCUGUUGAAGUGUUCUUACUUUAGCAGUGAAGCAUUGAAAAAUGUGGAAAGGGAUUUUUGUCUCGAACAGUAAUUAUGCAACUGGUUUUUGAAUGUAGCUACCAUACAAAUAUGGAUCACCUUCAUUUUCAAAGUCAUGUUCCGGGUUUUUUUUUUUUUUCCCAGUAUAGUAGUUUUCAUUUCACCUUUUCCUAAUGUCUGCCCUCAACCAAGUGGCUCUCAGUGUGCAGCUCACUUUUAGCAACCUGCACAUUUAUUUUGGAGGCAGACGUCGGCUUUUGGGUGUAAGGUAAUGGAUAAUAUGGAGAACAAAACAGUGUUAUUGUGACGUUAUUCCCAUGUCAUGUCAUGUUGUGAAUGGUUUUUACCAACAUGUAAUCACAAAUGGGAGGUAGAGCAUUUUGUGUGUUUAAUUUCUACAAAAAGAGAUGAAGAAAAAGACCUAUACAAAUCAAUAUAGUGUGGCCUUUUCAUUCUCAAGACUUAAGACGACAUGAUGGGAGAGUGAUACCUUAUCAGUGCCUGAACUUGUAUUUUCAUUUAAGACAGUUUUAUUUUGUGAACCAUAUCAUUUCAUUUAUCAUGGAGAUUAAAGAGGUACUUGUUCAUUCCCCCACCCUCCCCUUCUCCUAAUGCUUUUUUCAAUUUUCAGGAAGAAGUUUAAAUGGUAUAAAGAGAUUUUCUUUCAUUGUAUCUAGUUAAAUAAAUAAAUGUUACGUAGAUCUUG